AUUAUCAACCUGUUUUAGGUUAUGUUUAUGUUGUGCACGUUUUGAUUUAAACUUAAUCUCAUUUUCAUAUUCGCUUCUUAAAAAAAUUUAAAAUUAAAUUUAGUCCCUUUCAAUCCACAUUAACAUGAAGAAAAAGAAGCAAAUUCACUCAUCUGUUGAGGAAACUGACAUGGAAAAGAAACAAAAACUAUUUUCAGCUAAAGAAUUCAGACAACUACUUACCACAAACAGCUCACAUGCACUGCAACAAUUUUUACAUAUUAUAAAAGACUUCAAAGACCAUGAUUAUAUACUAGACUAUUUAGAAUCUGGUGGAAGCUGUUUGGAACUUCUGCAUUGCUUGGAAGUGGACUCUUCAAUACCACCAGCUAUAGUUUUUGAAAUAAUAACUCUAAUAUUGUUAAAGAUAAAUAUUCAUUAUCCUCAGUAUCAAAGUACUGCAUAUGAAGCUUGCAGAUAUAUACUCAAAAGUUAUUUGACUGUAUUGAACAAAAUGAUUAAUUUGAGCUCUACCACACCAGAAAGAAAAUCUUGCUUAAAGCUACUUACAGCCAUGGUUGCGUUUUCUCCUAUUUUAGCCAAAGAUAUUUUAAUUCAUAUUAAUUUCCAUUCAGCGAAUGUUGAAUUACUUUCUAAAAACACUGGUGAAAAAGAUAGUACAAGAGAUCAUUUUAUUAAAUUUUUAACAGCUUACUUAGUAGAUGGACAUUAUCCAGCUUUAUCCCUGUUGCUUGAGAAAAAAGGUUUUUUUACUAGUAUUAUUAGUGGACUAAAAUUUGAUUCUGCGGAGACACUAUGCUUAGUAAUGUCAGCAAUGAAGAAUUUCAUAUUGGAAAAUCCAUUGGUAUCCAAAACAGCCAAGAUGAAAACAUUUAACACUGUAGUGGUAAAGGAUAUAGUCAACUUAUAUAAUUGGGUGGGACCUGCAGGAUUUAGAGCAGAUAAAAAGAAAAAUAGUAUUGUGAAUGUCAACGAAAUUGAAAAAUCCAAAGUUAAUGAAUGUGUCCAUGAUUUUUUGUUAAUGCUGUGUACAAAUCACAAGUAUGGAAUUAUUUUUAAAGAUCAUUUAGUAGGUUUGGGAAAGAAGAAUCAAAAUAAUUUAAUGUAUACAGUUUUAGAGAGUCUAGAUAGACCUUGGGAACACUCUUACGCUUCUGAAUUAGUCACAAAAAUUUGUGGAGCGUGUCCAGAUAUUUCAAAAAUGUUAUGGAGCAAUUUGAAACCAUUUCUGGAACCAAGAUUAUCUCCAAAAUGGAUAACUGCAAUGAAAUUUGCUGUUAAGUUAAUAAAAGAAUUACAGCCAAGCUGCAUCAAAUACUGCAUACUGGAAUUAAGUGAUAUACAGUUAUUCCAAAUAGUUCAGUGCCUCAUUGUACCUCUACCAGUAUUAAAUACAAUACUUCCUAAAAAUAAUUCCUACGAAAACUGUUCGGUUAAACAAUAUGUACUACUAUUACUUUUAGAAAUGCUUAAAUCUUUGCAACAGUAUAUUAUUGCUUCAAAUAAUCUGUUGGUGGAUGAGAAACGAAAGAAAUUUAAAUUUUUGUUGAGCAAACAUUUGUCAAAACAUUUUCCAAGCGCUGAGUCAGUAUUAGAAAAUUGGAAUAUAUUAGAUGAGAACUCACCAUUUUCAAGCAUUAAAAUAUUACAAAUUAUCUUUGACAUAUUUAAUCACUAUAAAAUUAUCGCACCCGAUUUAUUAGACAAUUUGAACAACAAUGAAAGUGAAUUGUCCGAUCUUUUAAUUCGAAUUGAAAAGUUGAAUGAGACAGAAGAAUCCAUAGAAAUUUUACAGGUAAAAAUAAUUAAUGUGUUUAUUGAUGUAGCUCAAUCCCAAUUCACAAUAAAUUCCAAAAUGUUCCAAUUUGUAGUACCUCUUUUGUUCAAAAUAUAUUAUAAUAAUGCUAGUAAGGAUACAUUGAAUGCAAUCAAUAAGUUAUUUAAAACAACUGGUAUAUUCGAUGGUUGUGAUUAUGAAAUAAAUAUUUGGAUAAAUGGCAUUUUACAUUUGAAACAAUUGGAUCCUAAUUUAGGGGAGAUUUUAGUACAAAUAUUAAAUAUAACUCACGAUAAACUUGUAGAAUUUCUAGAAGAACUAACAUCUGUGCAGUCCAAUACAGGAAGAGAAAAUCACUACAGUAGUAUUCUGCUACAAACAGAUACAGAAAAAUACAUUAUAAAACAUCGAUAUUUAAGCCCCAUGGUACUUGGUUUAUUAUCUUAUUCAUCCGAUAAUGAAACCACUAAAUCUUUUAAAUGCUAUGUGAAUUUUGUUUUAAUGAAUUUACUGCAUUUACAAACUCAAAUAGCACCUAUCGUCACUAUUAUUAAUAAAUUUGACAUACUACCAACGUCUUUUAAAAAUUAUGCUUCAAGUUGGAUAGAUUGUAAAGAAAUUGUGGUAUUGAAGAAAUUAAAAGGAAGAUUACACAUUUUCGAAGAAUUCUGUAAUGAAUUUUUAUCUGGAAAUAUCGACGAUUUUUUGACAAAUACCAAUCUGAAUGUUUAUUCUGAUUUACCAACAAAUAUACUGGAUGCUGGUAUUUUUUACAUAACUUGUUAUGUGAAUAAUAAUCUUUUAACUAUAGAAAAAGCAGAUAAAUUUGAAUAUUUCGCAAAGUAUAUAUUAGAGAAGAGCGAAUUGAAAAUACAAAUAGUCGAAAGGAUUUUAUGUCAUCCUGCGUUUGUAUUCAAUACAAAUUUUCUGCAUAUUGAAAAACAAACAUCUCAAAGCUGCACUACAAAUAUGUUGAUAAAUUUAACGAAGUUUACUGUACAACAAAAUUGUAGUACUGAUUUAAUUCUAAAUGUAUAUAGAGAAAAAUUAUUACAAGCAAUAAUGAAAAUUCUCACUAAACAUAAAAAAUACGAACAAUUAUCUCUGGACCUGAAAUCUGUUUUACAGGUAUACGGAUUAGGAUAUAAUGAGUGUUUAACUAUACUAGUCAAAGUAUCUCAAUCUUACCAAGAUUACAGUAGGCAUGAAUUAAUUGUAGAUAUUUUGAAUUAUAGUUUGGUGACGUUUACAAAUAUUUGCAGUGCUAACACAAAUUUAGAACCACUAAAAGAUGAAACCGUUUCAGGAUUGAUUGCAUACGUUGUUUUCUUAGCAAAAACUAAACAAAACAUCGGUGUUUUAUCUUCAGCAUUAUUAAAUUAUUUUAAAACAUUUCCUCAUAAUCUAAAUUGUGUUAAUAAUCAUUUAUUCAAAGUGCUUAUUGAACUUGAGGAUUUAAAUAAGGAUAACAUAAAAUUGGCUAGUUUUUUGUUGGAGAAAAAUCCUAUUUACAUUAAAUAUAUCAAAAAAAAUUUAGGAUUCAUUUGCGAAAAGAAAAAUUUAUUAUUGCCUUUGUUGACUGUUUAUAUUAAACAAGAUGUAGAUACAGAUUUAAUAAAACAAAUUUAUGAAUCUGUUGUUACUUCUAUGAAUAAAACAUUGCAAAAACCUCAAAAAGUCGGACAUCACUUUCAUGAAAAUUAUCAAGGUUUAUUAACUCUAAUAAAUUUGGCUAUGCCCAUCGAAAGUUGCAAACAAUUUUUUGAAAAAUUACAAAAAUUCGAUUCCAUUGAAAUAUUCCAUGUCCAUAUGUUAAAAGCAGUAAGUUUCAAAGUUUUAGAAGAUGAUCCAACUAGCAAACAUAUAAACAAUAUAAUAAUGACUUUCAUACAUUUACAAAUACAUUUAUUCAAAAAAUCUGUAGUCACUGAAGACGAUAUCAUAAAGCUAUUGGAAACUACAAAAGUAUUUUUCGAUUUUCUGAAAGUUGUUAAGGAAAAACUCACCGAUAAAGAUUUAAAAAAUACGUCAAGAAAUGAAACGGUUAAAUUAUAUUUCAAAUUUUGUUUGAAAUACGGCGUUUCUAGACGACCCAUACUGUUGCAAGCUUUAACAAUUCUGUUAGAAAUAUUGAGUACUAAUUUGGAUAAAGAAGAUAGUAAACUUCUACUUGAUAUGUUGACUUCUCACUCGGAAUUUUUGGAAAUUGUUUUGGGCGAAAACAACCAAACGAAAACGGAAAUAAUGAGUUUAUAUUUAGUUUUAUGUAAGACUUGGCCUGAAUUUAUGGAAAGACGAUAUGUUCCUCUUUUAUUGGCAAGUUACAGAGGUUUGGUCAAUAAAACUGAUAGAAUUAUUCUACUAAUUCUAAAAAUGUACGAAUCUAGGGCUGAGCAAACCAAUUUCUAUGAAUUUAAACCGUUUUUGUGGGGUAAAGUAGCAGCUACUCAUUAUUCAGUCAGAUAUCAAAUAGAAAACGCCUUGUGGAGACAGCCCAAGAUGAGUGAUGUGCUCGAUAUUCUUCAAGAAAAUUUAGUCAUUUCUACAAUUACCAACUAUCCCCUAAGGCAACAUCUACGUUCAGAUGAAAACGAACUUUUAACACUGGAUGAUAUAAAUAGCUACGACUUACUGUUUUUAUUACCUUUAUUCAGUCAACUAUUAGCUCCCGAACAACAAGUUCAAACAUACAAAUUCACCAGAUCAGGUGCUUUAAGUCUAACAGUAGUCGGGUUAAGUAGUGACGACAAAGAAAUCAGACAAGCUGCGUGUCACGUUUUGGCAAGGUUACAUUAUCAUGUGGAUGCACGACAAACUGGUAAAGAUAAUUUGUUGUGGAUUCGAUACAUUGAAGCUGUUUGUAAAGGUACAGCCCUUUUGCCGGACUUCAAAUUAAACAAUUUUGCUGCAAUUUACUUAGCAAGAAUGGCACUAAUAUUAACUCAACCGAAUCACGUAAUGUACGUACCGUUAUCUCAACAUUUGACAGCCAAAUCUUCUCUGGAUUUCAGCACAGUUCCUGAGCUGUACACAUUCCUACAUAGUUCCGAUGUCAACUUUAAAGAACACAGAAAUUUCAUUUUGGAACUUUUGAUAGAUGGAUUGAGAACAGAAAAAGAUUUCACCGAUUUCAUGCGUUCAAUGGCAUUUAAAUUAAUUUCAGAAUUAUAUUCUAGUACUGUGUCUGAUCUAGAUACUAAAUUAUUGAUAUUGGACGUGUUUAAAGUGAUUUGUGAUAUACCUUUAGGUAUUAAAGUUUUGUGUGAGAGUUAUUCUUUCUUAGUGCAAGUCUUUAUCGACAUCAACAAUCUCUUAAAAGCUCAUUCUAAAAAUAAUAACAAUAGUCUGUUGAUUAAAAAGAAUUUAGAAAUUGUUAAUAAGAUUAUAAGAGUCAAACAAGAUAGACAUACUUAUUUUACAGUUUAUUCAAUGGUAAAAAAUGUUAUUUUCAGUGAAUUUUAUGAUGUGCUUGCAGUAAACUGCGAACUGUUAUUAUUUGAAAUUUUAAUAGCAUUGCAGAGUAAAUUUAAUUGUUUACUUGCCAAUGAAUUCUACAAUGUUUUAUUGGGUAAAGUUAACGAUUCUUUGAGUAAUUAUUUAGAUAAAUAUGGCUGUGAUUAUUUCAACGUUGAUGAGUUAGAUGUUGUAGAUAAAUAUUAUAAUCUAAGGAAAUUUGUUAUAAAUUUCAAAAAAACGACAGUACCUAAGGGUAACUCACAAAAAAUCACAAAUUGAUAAAUAAGUUGUAAAAAACUCCUUUGUUUUUUAAGUGAUUAAAUGUAAACUUUUAUACAACGUAUUUUCAGGAA